CUGUUUACUAAUUCACAUAAUUUGGACAUAAUUAUUGAUUGAAGAUUUGUGUACAUUCCGUUAGCAGCAUAUUUUAUAAUCAUCCGCAGGAAAAUGCAGUUUACAAACAUGUUAGUAGAGAAUAGUUUGGCAGAGACAGCGCACGUAAUGGACGUUUACAAAUCUAUAUUUAUUACAUUCUGCAUAAAAGUAGUGGUAAGCAAGUUGCGAGACUUCGCAACCUGCCACGAUGACUUCGAGUUGAAGCCCGUCGACGGCGUCCUGGAGCCACACACCUUCACAUGGCUGGCCGCUGUUUACUACAUACAUGUGACGACAUCACUGCCGCAUCAGUCGGUGGCGCCGCGAGUGGUACUUGUACACAGGCAGUUCGUGCUCGGUACAGCAAAAGAUCUACUCAAGCUGCCCAAGAAUUACAAGCUAGGUCACGUGAUAUUCGGAGAUUAUGAGCGUGACGAGGAGGAAUGCGGGCUGACUCGCGACCAGCUUAAGAUGAACCAGAAAUGCUCACGCGCUUACUUCGUGAUGCCUCAUCAAGAAGUAAUAGCACAUCCGGAGUACACGAGAUUUGGUAUCGCCAAUAGCGUAGCGGUUGUCAAAUUAGUACGUCCAAUAAAAUCUUUUUACGUUCUUCCGAUUUGCUUACCAACAUUAGUGGAGCGAAAAGUGAAACGAAGAAACAAGGCUGUUUUUCUGAUCGACUAUCUAAACCCCGUACCAAUCGAUUUAGACGGAGAACGAAUGGCUAAAAAGACUUUAAAGGUGUUUCCUCACAAGGAUUGCAUCAGGCAUCGUAGUAGUAGCUUAGGAGGAGGUGUCUCUCAUGAGCUUUGUACAACAGGGUGUGGUAUUCGUCCCGGUGCACCUAUUAUUAGCCAAGAUGUGGACGGACCCUUUCAACUGAUAGGGCUGUCGGCGGGCAGUCAGCCCUGUCGGCUCCAUACCAUGAGGAAUCGUUUGAACGAUGACCCGCCCCUAUUCAUAGACGUCUUCCCGUACAUCACCUGGAUUAUGAAUGUUAUCUCAGCUAGUGUUGUACCACACGCUUUCCCUGGAAAGUUAAUGCUUACCGAAGGAGGUUCAAGUAUAGGGAUACGCUCAGGGUUUUUAAGAAGGGCGAAAUCACAAAAGUUCGGGUGGAGAGGGCGCACGUUCGUGUCUGGAAAUUAUUGUUACAUGAGCCCCAAGCGGCAAAGAAAAACUUCCUUCUUCUAUGUUGAGAAGUUUUCUGUGAAAGCAAGACCUCAAGCCAAGGUUACAGUUUUCAUAAGGAUUUCUGCAGGUAUAGAGUGCACCAUUACCUGUGCCCGUCUGCUAAUACCGAAUCAUAAAUCAACACCAAUCAUCGACGGUGUUGGCGGCUUCAAUAUAUCAGUCCAACUGGAUACAAGUUGGUUUCCUGCUCGCUUUUUCUUCACACUCGGCCUAAAUGGCAAGAAUUCGUCUGCAGCUGACUUAAACAAGUGGUGGUCACAACGCAAUCGCGAAGGCUUGUGGGGAUAAUAAUAGAUCCGUCUUUAUAUCCUUGUUUGAAUGGCAUCUGUUUUUUGUUCACAGCAUUUAAGUUGAGCUUGAUACUGUUUCGUAGUAAACAAAAAAAAACAGUAACUAAGCCCGAUUGACAGCACUCUAUGACAGCUAACAUUUUAAACAAACAUAUGUGUUAACAUUGCACU